AGUGGUUAAAGAAUCUCUGUAUUUCUUCGUUUUGUGCUAAACGGGGAAUAUAAUAUUGCUUAAUUACAAAAACCCAGAAAAACCCAUGUUUUUUUUUCAUCAUUUCAAGAAAAGAAUCGAAAACCCAGUUGUUGUUUUUUUGUAUUAAGAUUGUUGUAUUUUGAUUUUUAUACGAUUUGGGUAAAUGGGGAAUUGUUUUGGGGUAUCGAGGAAGUCGGCAUCGGAGAUUGCGCCGGCCGAUGUGCUGAAGAAAUAUCCGGCUGUUAAGCUGUACGGAAAUCCGAAUAGUGUUACGACCUAUUACAUUCGAUGUGCUCUGCUUUACAAGCCGGUGACAGUCAAUUUCAUCCCCUCCGAUGCCCACCAAUCGCCGGCGGUGGAGUAUAAAUCGGAUUCCGUCACUGGGUCUGUUGAUUCCGUGGUGCGUUACUUGGAUUUGAAGUUUCCGGAGCCGAAGCUGUUGACGGGGUGUAUUGGUGGGUGGUAUGAUGAAACGACGCCGUAUGUUGUGUGGUUGGUGAUUUUGCAGCAUAGGAGUAUGAUGUGGCAUUUGGAGAGAAUGGGGAGGUGGGCGGAGGACUUGGCGGCGCGUGGAGGUAAAGCAAGAGGUGAUCCGGCGAUGGGGACUCCACGAAUGGAGGUGAGGAAGUUUGCUAGAGGUUAUUCACAGUUGCUGGAGCUAAUGCUUGAACAUGCUCAAAUGGAAGAAAGAGUUGUCUUUCAAAUCUUGGAAAAAGCUGAUAGAGGACUGUCUAAAGCUGCAAAUGAGGAGCAUGCAAGGGACCUUCCUAUGAUGAAUGGUAUUAAAGAAGAUAUCAAAUCUAUAGGAGUUCUUGAUUCAGGGCAUCCUGCCUACCAAGAUGCCCUCUGCAACCUCUCUACUCGACUCAAAACCUUAAAGGAGCAUAGCAAGAAACACUUUGAAGAAGAGGAGAAGAAUCUACUGCCACUGAUGGAGGCGGCUGAACUGAGUAAAGCACAACAGGAUAAAGUCCUAGACCAGUGUCUGGAUGUCAUGCACGGGACACACUCACAUCUGUUUCGUUUCUUUAUGGAAGGCCUCCUCCCUCCAGAUGCCAUGCAUUACUUGGACAUGCUUUCUAGGUGCAGUGACCAAAACCGAGUGUCUACUAUGCUCCGGUUAAUCAUUGAUAAGACUGUCUAAUCCAUACAACAAUCACUCGAUGAUCAAGAAAUUAAUCGUUGAGUCUAGUCCAGCUUCGCGCUUAAAGUGGAGCACUUGAUGCUAUCAUCACUUGUAAUUGCUUUGCUCUUCUUUUAUUUUCUUUAAGAACCAUUGUUACCUUUUGUUGUUUCUUUCACAAGGCAGAUACUCAAAGCAAAAGGGAGGAGAGGUUGCCUUA